UUUCCUAAUGGCGGGGUUACGUGUAACGCGAUGACGGAGCUCCAACCGUCUCUUUCAGGAUAUCGAGGCCAAGACGAGGCUCUAGACCCAUCCAGUUGCAAUUCCAACACUUUCAACAAGUCUUAUCAUACUCAUGGCCACUUAAUCGAGACUUGUAAUUAUAAGCAAGUUAACCUAUACUCACAAGACAGUGGUGGUUAUCUGUCGCAACAACAACAACAUAGCAAUAAACAGCAGCCGCAAACUCAACAGAAGCAACAAAGCGCGUCGCGUGGCUCAAGUCCUGGAGAACAUUAUCGUAAAAAAACCGAGAAAUGGACUUCGGAGAACGAAAACAAUGUUGGCGACAAUGAAGAGAAGAAAUCCAAUUCUCUUGCUGGCUAUAAUGAUGGCUACAAUAAAAAAAAUACUCCCGGUUAUAAAAAUGACAGCGGGUAUAGCGAGAGCAUUGGAUUCGACAGCUUCAGUCUCUCACUCAAUGACAGGGACGACUCAUCACCGCCCCCAACACCACCGAUGCGCGACGCUUCAAGUCUCAAGGGCAUCUGUUAUACUUCAGGACAUGAAAAAUAUCCAUCUUGGCCAAGCAGUGAAUCUGACGAUCAUCAUCAGGAUCAGGACAAUGUAAAUAACUCAAUAGCCAAUUCUGGAUCUCACAGAUCUAAAUCCUGGACAGAUCAGACCAACUAUUCGAAAGAGAAGCCAGUUCAGUACAACACAAAGCCUCUUGCCAAACGAACAAAUCCGAGUUAUACUCAACAGUUAAAAACAGUAAUGGAACGAUGUGAAAAAAUACCGGUGGAAAGUUUCGAAUCACGGGGUAGUCGUGUUAGCCGUGACGAUGAUCAAAGUAAGUUGUGGCCUCGCGUUGAUCGUGAUGGUAAAUCCUUAAGUGAUGCUGAGUAUGUUAUUCCAUCUUCACCUGAACAAGAGCAACAGCCAUCUCAGAUACUCAGUCAUUCUGAUCUCAAUGCGUAUAUUACUGACUAUCAGGAUCCUCAAGUUUCUCAAGUCGAUAUUUAUCGUGAAACAACUUUAACGCAAGCCGGGUUAGAAGAGUAUACGAGAGUUCAACAUUCACAACAAGCCAGUUAUGCUCAAUCUGAAGGAUAUCACAGUUACGUUUCAAGCGUCGAUUCCACUACCAAUACACCGUUUUUAGAUAGAUUACGUCGAGACAGUCAAGUAGCUGCAGCUCAACAACCAGCACCGCCUUGGGAAGAAACAUCUAGGGAAGGUAGAGAUAGUGUAGUGACUACAUCAAGCGGUGGAAGUGCGUCAAGCAGCGAAACAUUGAAAUGGCAUGGCUCGAUGUCGGAUGUGAGCGUCUCUUCAGGUCUUCCUGCACGACAAGUGAAUGGCGAUGUUUGGCCGCAUGGUUCUAUGUCAGAUAUAAGUAGUGUAAAUGGUGGAGUAACGAGCAUACAGAAGUCGAGUGAUGAUAUUGAUAAGUGGCAAGAAUCUAUGAGCGAUAUAAACUCAUCGUUUACAAUCUCUAGUAAGCAAAGGAUCAACGAUGUUGACAAUAAAUGGCCAGAGAACAAAUGGCAGUCUACAAUGAAUGAUCGUAACUGUAAACAGAUGACCGAUAGAACUAGUUUACCAUCAGAGGUUAUCAGUCACUAUGCUUCGGACAAUGAUGUUUGUCAAACGACUACUUGUAGAGAGAGUAAGUGGCAAGAGUCCAGUAUUGAUGAAGAAACACCAACGCCUAAGUCUAAAGGCAUUCAUCGUGGUUGGGAGUCUUGUAUGAAUGUCGAUCAAUCGAGAUAUAAUCACAAUUCACGGCCUAUGCCACAAAGUUCAAUGUCCCAAUCUCAACAACAGCAUCAACAACAGUACAAUCUUCAGAUUCAGGAUGAUUGGAAUCCACUUCAUGGGUCCAUGUCCGACGUCAAUCAAGCAAAUGUAUCAAUUCAUGCAAGUAGUAAACAGCUCAUUGCUCACAGUGCACGAGUCCAGACGCCACAACGACAUCAUUCUGAGAGUGUAUUAUAUCUUGAUAGAGAACGGAAUCAGCGAAAAUUAUACCCUGUCUCUACGACACAAUCACAGGAUGUCGGACAAGGAAUCAGAAAUUCACCGGUUUCCACUCAAAAAACUCAUUUGUCAGUUGCUGACAGAAUCAAUGAAUUAGAAAAACAACAACAACCACAUCAACAACAACUGCAACAACAAAUGCGUUAUACUUUUUUGGAUCCAGACAAACGCCAUCGUGUUUCUGAUCCAACUCUUAAGGCAAUCCAAAAGAAGGCUUUGUUAUCAUUCUACGAAAGACAUCAUCACCAAUCUUCUUGGAGAUCUGAGCCACAACUUGUUCAAGGUGUACCCCAACUACCAACAAAUCAUAGUCCUCCACCGCCGCAACCACCUCCUAGACCAAGACCACUAUCUUCGAGACGUGCAAGUUCAGCUUCAGAUUAUGCUACUGGAGGCUGGAGAGAUAAAAGCAAUCGAAACCACAAUAAUGAAGUACCUAGUCCUAAACAUCAGCACAGUAAUAGCUGUGGAAGCUUAUCCACAGAUCUUCUUGGACCAGUAAUUGUUGGUCCAGCUAUUUCUGUUGAUGAUUGGGUACCUGAAAGACCACCUAAAAAGCCUCAUUUACGUGCUAUCUACAGUGAUCGAAUGCCAAGUCCUGAUUUACCACCACCUUCUCCACCUACAAUAACUGAAGAUGAAGUUUUAAAUUCAGAUGUUCCACUUCCACCACCACCACCUUUAUCAGAAUUAAAUGAACGAAACCUUGAGAUUGGUGGUGAUACAAAAGAAAAUGAAAAUAUUGAAGAAAUGAAACUUAGCCAUAGGCAUCAAGUUCAGCAAGAGCAAACUUUUAUGAGAAGACCAACACGAAAAGACGAAAAGAAAUCAUCGGAUAAAUCAUCAACAGUGUCUUCACUAACUCAAAAUGGCCCAAAGCAACUUGCUGAUGAUCACAACUUUGUUUGUUCAGCUUUAGUGAAGCCUGUAGACUCAGACUUUGUAAACGAGGAUGGAACUGCCGCAGGAUACGCAAUGCAUAGGAUGAUAACAACUGGUAGAUCUAGUCUCCGUUGUACUUCUGCUCAAAAACUUAUGGUAAAUGGUCGAAUGCCAUCAGUUAGACGUAUUCUUGAAGAACGAAAUAACUUGUCAAGAUCACCACCAUCAAGAUUGCCAGACUUAGUUAUAUCAGAAAGAUAUAGCGAUUCUGGUAAUCAACGGCCCGCAUUACAAGUUCCUGUAGAGUCACGCAUCAUUCGACAAGAAUCCAUGCGAGUGGAAAGCACUAGAAUUAAUGCCUCUGGUCUUGUGAAGAUGGAAGAUGGACGAUUCGAGUCUUCGUCAAGACAGAGACCUCAGCCUCAGGUUCCUAAGAGUAACGGAAUUGAAAAGACCACUUGUUACUCAGUGUCUAGUACUCAGUGUCAGCAGUCUUCAAAAUCAAAUUAUCCGGCUUUGUUACCUGACACUUUAAAAAAUAAUAAAUACCCGGAAAACCACGGCUAUUCUGCCGGUGCACCUCUCAAGACAUCUUAUGAAGCAAAUACUAAGCUAUUAGCAGAACCAAAUCCGCAGAAAUAUCACGAUCCUCCUAAAUAUGUUGCUAGUAAUUACCAUCACCGGCAUCCAGAUUUAACUCUUAAGAAUUAUUAUGCAGCACCACCGAAGUAUAUCGAUGCCCCUAAGCAGAUACCUCAGCCUCAGUGUCCGGACAGGUUUGCUACUUCUCCACCGCCACCGCCUCUUGCUCCAAGACAAAAUUCAUCUACUAGAAAAUCUUUACCAGUACCACCUCGUCCAGCACCUCCACCAUAUGUAUUUCAUGGGAGUCAAUCAAAAGCAUCAUAUUUGGCUUACAAACGAGAACGCGGGGCGCCAGACAGUGAAGGGAGUUAUAAGCGAACAAUGUCACCAACAGCUCGUUUGGAGGAUUGGCCACCACCUCGGGAACGUGAUGACCCGAUUCUCCUCCGUGUUACACCCCAUCAUCCACAUCAGCUUGAUCAUAAUCCUAAUCAUCACGACUUGUCAAAGUCACACAGCGUCGACGCUCUUCAUCACCGUAACGAAGAACGCCCGAACGCCCACACGGUCCAAGUAAUAGGGAAGCUGUCUCACGAACUGAGCAAAAAGCACCAGGCGAGCGACACGCGACCCAGAUCUGAGAGUAAUAAUAAUAGUAGUAUUAUUACAAACAAUAACGAUUGCAACAAUGAGGAUCGACUUGAUCAUUGUCAAGAUGCUAUUUAUUCGCGUCAAUCUGAAAAGAAAUUUGAUCAUAAAGAUCGUCUUUCGUCACAAUGUGUACAAAUAUUAAAUGAUAGGAAUCGACAACUUGAACGUGAACGUCAGAAAUUAACUGCUAAUUGCGAUUCUCAUGGAAAUUCUGGUUCACAUCGUGAUUCAUCUGAAAUCAAAUCUGAUAUGAGCACGGAAGAUAUAUAUUAUGGAACAAGUGCUACCAUUGAAAUGACAUCUAAAAACGUUCAACUAUUAAACUUCCGAAAUGCUCUUCUGCAAGAGAAACGCCACUCAACAACAGCCACUACUAUGGAAGUUGAACGAGGCUCAAAUGAAAUACUUGAUGAAAGCUGUGAUAAUGAAUCAUCUUUUGCUGAGAAAUCAUCAUCACCACCGUCACUAUCACCUCCAAAGUAUUCAAAGUUCUAUAAAAAUGAAGAUAGUGGUAUAUUGAGAUCAAGAGGAGCUGUUCCUCGACGUUCUGGAAGUUGUUCAAGCUCCAGUUCUUCAUCAACUAAAUUAUCUCUAGAGCAAGGACAAGUGAAUUCGAGAUAUUCACCACCAAAAGUUUACUCCAGCAACUCACUUGGUAGAAAUGAUGAUAAAAAAUCCUUUAUAGAAUCCGACAAUGCCAAACAAAUCAACUCUUAUCAAACUAUCAAUUCUCGGAGUAAAGUUUCAAGCCCAGCACAGACUGACAGUUCUUGGAUUAAAUUUGAAGAAUCCAGUCAGACUGAGAAUAUGUUCACAAAUAGACUGCAAAGAACGUGGUCUUCAGGCUCAAGAUCUUCAUCUCUAUCAAGUGUCUCGAAAAUAUCAAGUUCAUCAUCCUCUUUGUCACCAAGAUAUUCGCCAGUAGAAGCUAAAUCGUCUCCAUGUGUCUCACCACAGCCUGGUAUUGAAGGAUUAACUUUAGUACAAAGAACUGAAGUUGUGCUCAGAGUAAAUACAACAACGAUUGAUGUGGCUUCUCAAACUGAAACGUUAGACGAUCAAGAGACGACUAAAGGUCAUGUGGAAAGCCAACGUCUCCCCGAAUCGCGGCCUAAAUUACCUGAAGAAAUUGAAUGUGAAAAACUGAGCAGGGAUUUAGCUAAUCAAUUAGGACCCAAUGAUAAACUUGUUCCUAUUCUAGUGCCAGCACCAGAGCAUAAAAAACCAACAGACUACGUUUCAGGCCUCUUUAGAGUAGAAACAACUCUACAACCCCGUCUAAGACGACCAAUAUCAACAGAGAAUACAUCUUUAUCGCCGUCGUCUCCCGAGGACGAUACUGAAGAAAACAAGAAAAAGAUUGAAAUGCCCUCAACACAACUUAUAUCAUCGUCUAAUGUUGACUCCAACAAUCCAUUGUCUCCAACGUCAGCUUACUUUACUACUUCUGAAGGUAAAGCCAGAUUUCUCACCCAAUACUCCCAGGAUAUUAGUGAAAAGGAUGUUGCCAACGGAACUGAAGAAUCUUCUGAAAAUACACGUACUGAUAAUAUUGAUCUCAAACAAAAAAAGGAAGAAUUAGUUCUUAGACUAGAUCGAAAAGUGAUUGUUUUGAGAGCAGAACAAGAAGCUGUUAGAGAAGAGGGUGAAAUGAAUGAAGCAUUGGGUACAAAAGUAGCAUCAAGAAUUAAUGCUGUUGCAAGGCCAGCAGAAGCAUCUAAAUAUCGAUUGCAUGUUGAAGAAGUUGGAAAAAUCACAAGUCUACUAUUGGGACUGAGUGGACGACUUGCUCGAGCUGAAAAUGCUCUUCAUGGCAUGCCACCAGAUCAUCCAGAAAGAAAAAUUUUGGAAAGUAAAAGAGAUAAAUUGUUGGAACAACUAGAGGAAGCAAAGAUUUUAAAAAGUAAUAUUGACAAGCGCAGUGUCAACGUUUCGGCGAUACUAGCCAAAUAUCUGAAUGAUGAAGAAUUUGCUGAUUAUCAACAUUUUAUUACGAUGAAGACAAAAUUAAUCAUGGACGGAAGAGAAAUUCAAGAUAAGGUGAAGCUUGGUGAAGAGCAACUGGCAGCCUUAAAAGAAGCAAUUGGCUAGUGAUAUAUAAUAUAUAAUGUAUAAUAAUAAUAUCAAUAAUAAAAUUACGCUGUGACAAUUUUUUUAUAGACAACAUUCAGUCAGACUGGAAAUUAUCUGCUGAUGUAAGUUUUCUAUUCACUCUUAAAUAUUUAAUUAUAUUAUUCUCUAUAUUAUAUAAUAAUAUUUUAAUAACAUAUAACAUAGGUUUAGGUAGUACAACGAAAAGAUUAUUUUUCUGCUUACAAGAUUUUUUCAAGAAAAAUGUAUAUCUUGAAAGAGUCUUGAGUGCCUAGUCCUUAUUAAGUUCGCGUUACUUUUUUUUUAUUUUAGGAAAUAGCCAUUUCCAUUAUCCUCCCUUACGGUCAAAUGUGUCACCACCGAUAGUACUUUUUGCAUUUAUUUCUGCAUAACUCUUAUAAUAAAAAAUUAGAGAAGAAAGUAAAGAUGAAAAUACUUUUUUUCAAGCAUUCGAAGAAAAAUAUUUUUUUCAAAAUGCUAAUAAUAUUAUUUAUACAUCUAGCCUUUAAAAGUAUGUAAAUCAAAAUUUCAUUGUAUCAUUACAUGGGCUUUUUAUGAUUACUUCAUUUUUGUAAUUAAUAAAAAAAAUUGUAUAUUUAUUAGAUUUUUAAUAAAAAAAAACAUAAAUAAAUAAAAGACAGGAAAAUAAUGAUAAAAUAAAAAACCAUUAAGUAAAAUAAAAAAAGAUAUG